CAAAAAUAUCAACGAUGGCUGAUAUGGAGGAUUAUGCGUACGACUACGACUAUCUUCUCAAGAUUGUCCUUAUUGGAGACUCAGGUGUUGGAAAGUCCAAUUUACUCUCGAGAUUCACCCGUAACGGAUUCAACUUGGACUCCAAGUCCACGAUUGGUGUUGAAUUUGCCACAAAGACUUUGGAGGUUGACGGCAAGAAGUUGAAAGCACAGAUCUGGGAUACCGCUGGUCAGGAGCGUUACAGGGCCAUAACAAGUGCCUACUACAGAGGCGCCAUGGGUGCGCUUAUCGUGUAUGACAUCACCAAACCAGAGACUUAUGAGAACGUUAGCAAAUGGCUCAAAGAGCUUAAAGACCACGCCGAUGAUAACUUGGUUGUUGAGUUGGUUGGAAACAAGUCAGACUUGGAACACUUGAGAGGUGUACCAACAGAGGAGGCUAAGCACUUUGCUGCUGAGAACCAGCUCCUCUUUACAGAGACGUCUGCUUUGAACGCAGAUAAUGUUGAUUUGUCGUUUGAGCAAGUUGCCAAAGCCAUCUACAACAUGGUCAAGAAGAACCAGCUAGACUUGUCCGACUACUCGGGAGCAAAGCCUCCAACUGGACAGACAAUCUCCUUGACACCAACCCCAGGGGCAGAGUCAAACAAGCAUAAGAGCAACUGCUGUUGAGAAUUGUACCUUCAAAGACAAACAUCAUUAUAUCAGGCCUGUACAAUAAUAUAAACUACAAACAAUCUUGAGGAUUCUUAAAGAAACAA